AUGGAUAAAGGAGAUCAGGAACACAGUGUAUUCAUAUGGGGCCUAUACCUCGAAGGCGCAAGAUGGAACCGUGAAACGAUGAAAAUGGACGAGUCCUAUCCCAAAAUCCUGUUUGACACGAUCCCCAUAAUCUGGUUCAAACCAGCUUUGAUAGCUGAUUUCAAGCCUCCUCCUUGCUACUUCUGUCCUAUUUACAAGACGAGCGAGAGAAAGGGAGUAUUGGCGACCACGGGACACUCCAGCAACUUCGUCAUGUACAUCACCCUGGAGACUGACAAGAAAGAACAGCAUUGGAUCAAUAGAGGAGUAGCGAGUCUGACGCAACUCGACGAUUAG